AUGGCCACUAAAGCUGAUAUAACCUUAUCCACCUUAACCACAACCUCAUCCACCACGACCACACCUAGCACAACCUCAUCUACCACGACCACACCUAGCACAAUCUUACCCACCACGACCACACCUGGCACAACCUCAUCCACCACGAUCACACCUGGCACAACCCUACACACCACGACCACACCUGGUACAACCUCAUCCACCACGAUUACACCUAGCACAACCUCAUCCACCACGACCACACCUGGCACAACCUCAUCCACCACGACCACACAUGGUACAAUCUUACCCACCACGACCACACCUGGCACAACCCUACACACCACGACCACACCUGGUACAACCUCAUCCACCACGACCACACCUAGCACAACCUCAUCUUCCACGACCACACCUGGUACAACCUCAUCCACCACGACCACACCUAGCACAAUCUUACUCACCACGACCACACCUGGUACAACCUCAUCCACCACGACCACACCUGGCACAAUCUUACCCACCACGACCACACCUGGCACAACCUCAUCCACCACGACCACACCUGGCAUAACCUCAUCUACCACGACCACACCUAGCACAAUCUUACCCACCACGACCACACCUGGCACAACCUCAUCCACCACGACCACACCUGGUACAACCUCAUCCACCACGACCACACCUGGUACAACCUCAUCCACCACGACCACACCUGUACACAAGAAGUUCUUCACAUUUGCUUUAAACGAGUUAUUUGACACUGCGCUCUCCAACUCCAAUAGUGAAAAGUAUAAAAAGUACAAAAGAGAUUUUGAGGCUUUAAUUGAUAAGAGUUACAGAAACGUCCCCUCCUACCAGGCCAAUUCCGUCGCCAUUACUCGAUUCAGGUCAGGCAGUGUGAUUGUAGAUUACAGCAUUAAUUCUACGACUGAGAAACUUGAUUUGAGUUCAGCAAACAAGGAAGUGGCGAUUAACCUCUCUGUAUCGAGAUACAACGUUUCCAGUGAUUCGUUCAGUCAGAGUGGUGAAUAUGCGUGUGAAACCACGGUGGACUCGAUGCAACUCAUUAUCUGGCAAAUGAUCACAAUCCUGCCGUUACCAGAUAUCCAAGUCAGCACCGACAAAGUGCUAAAAUGUGACGAUGCAAUCGUCCCGCUACAGUGCUGCGUUCAGAAGUCGUAUACAGUGGAGUGGAGCAAUGACAGCUCGGGUUGUACCAUGGCGUCACCAGGCUUCAACUGCUUCGAUUCUACGUUCGGGGCUGGAAGUCUGGAAGAAAAUCGCACCGUUGACUGUGGUGUGGACAAGGUCGGCUCACAAACGGCUCGGUGUAAUUCAUCAGGAUCUUGGCAACCUCUAGAAAAUAACUGUGUCCUGCGUGUGUUUCAAAACCUGCACGAUUCUGCCAAGAAUUUAAAGGUUGACGAUGUUUCAAACUUCAUGUCAUCUGUCAUCACCACGGCUGAGAACAACACUGCUGGUAUAACCCAAUCCUCCGGGACCAUAUUAUCCAUCGUUGAGAUACUGAAGAGCAUUUCUGAUGUAUCAAAUGGAUUUGUAGUUAGUACAACUGUUAUGGAGAAUUUCAUGAAAACAGCAGACGUGAUCGGAUCAGCAGAAGCAAAGGGCGCCUGGGCGGAUCUAAACAGCAACAAUAAAACUAUAAACGCCAGCUCUGAACUCCUGGGCUCUGUCGAGCUCAUGGGAAGCGGCCUAUCGAACGAGAACGUCAGUAUAAAAACCAGCACCUCUCAUCUCAGCAAAUCCAUCGUUAAUACGGCAUUUUCUGAUAAAUUAGGUGCAAAUUCAAGUACUCAAGUGAACAUCACAGAUAUUAAUCAAAACACCACGAUCACCAUCAUCGCUUUCUCAGCUCUCCACAACAUCCUACCUGUCCGAACCCAGAGCAACAGAAACAGCAGCGCGACCAACACCAGCAUUAACGGAGAUGUAGUCGUGGUCCAGACCAAGCCCCCGAUUAACAAGCUCUCGCUUGCGUACGCUGUGAAGAACGCGACGCUGGGAAACCCUCAGUGCGUCUUCUGGAACUUCAGUCUCCUGAAUGGCUCUGGAGGAUGGGACUCGACCGGAUGCACGGCAAAAUCAUCAGGGAACGGACCGGUCACGUGCGAGUGCAAUCACACGACCUCUUUCUCAGUGCUGAUGUCGCCGUUCACACCUAGCCAGAGUCAGAAGAUCAUCCUGGACUACAUCACUUACAUCGGCGUGGGCAUCUCCAUGGCCAGCCUGGUCGUGUGUCUCCUCAUCGAAGCCGUUAUUUGGAAAUCGGUGACGAAAAAUGAAAUAUCCUACAUGCGCCACGUCGCCAUCGUUAACAUCGCUUUCUCCCUGCUGAUCGCCGAUAUAUGCUUCAUCAUCGGCGCAUCCAUGGUCACGAACGGAGAGACGACACCGGUGGGUCCUUGCAGUACGGCGACCUUCUUCGGCCACUUCUUCUACCUCGCUCUGUUCUUCUGGAUGAUGCUGUCGGCGCUCCUGCUCCUGUACCGCUCCAUCAUGGUCUUCUCCAGCCUGUCCAAGUCCGUAAUGAUGGCUGUAGCGUUCAGCAUCGGGUACGGGGCGCCGUUACUCAUCGCCGUCGUUACUGUGGCAUCUACAGCUGGAGGUGGAGGAUACAUCACGGCAGUGAAUGCUUGCUGGCUGAACUGGGAUAAAACCAAAGCUCUCCUGGCGUUUGUGAUUCCUGCUCUGACUAUCGUAGCUAUAAACCUCCUGGUGAUGGUCGUGGUUCUGUAUAAGAUCCUGAGGAGAGGAUUAAACGCCAGCGUUCAGCGAGAUGAGAAACACGCCCUGCUGGUCAUCGCUAAAUGUGUGGCAAUCUUAACACCUCUCUUUGGUCUGACGUGGGGAUUCGGUAUCGGGACCAUGGUGUCGCCGGUGUUUGGACUCCAUGUGGUGUUUGCAUUGCUCAAUUCACUUCAGGGUUUCUUUAUUUUGGUGUUUGGAGUGUUACUGGACAGUAAGGCCAGACGAGCGCUGUUUGCAAGGUUGACCCAGAGUUACAGUAGCUCCAACCGCACCAGGAGCACGGGCGCGGGAUCGUCCUCCUCCAGCGGGUUUCCUUUUGCACACUUGUUCCGUCGCAGACACGUCUACAACGUUUCUGAAGGUCAGAAGGUUUUGUCCUCACAUUCUUCUUCAGUUUCGACCAACACGUACCGAACGCUCAGUGAUUAAUCUAACAGCCGCGUGUAUCCUCUACUUUUCCUCUAACUGUUUACUUCUAUUAACCUCAGAUUAAAUGAUUUAUGAACUUUAAAUUAUUGCUUAUUUAAACUGAACGACUCUUGAGGGACGGUGGGAGCCUGGUGGGUGGAGCUUUGGGCUAUCAAUUGAAAAGUUGCCAUUCAGCCACUGUUGGUGCUGCACCGUACGACGGCUGAGCCUGCGCUCUGACCCCGGCAGACAAGCCGAGAUAUGUGAAGAAAGAAUUUCGUUCUACUGUACACAUGUAAAUGUA